UUGCUAUAUUUGAAUAAUUAAUUAAUUGUGACGCUGUUGAUUUCUCAUAAAAAAAAGUAUUUGGAUCAUAUCGUCAACAUUUAAGCAUAUUUUAAAGGUUUAACAAGGUUAUCGUCAGAGCGACACAGUUUUGUAAAACAACAGUUAUGGUGUAUCCAGAAGAAAAGGGGCUCUCUGUGCCUAAAAUCACUACACAGGAAGUACGUGGUGAUACAAUUAAGUCUGAAAAUAUCCCAGUAUGGAAGUUUUGGAAAAAACGAAGAUAUGUAGUGGCAAUUCUUGCUUUCUUUGGAUUUUUUAACGUCUAUGCCCUCAGAGCAAAUCUAAGCAUCGCUGUUGUAGCAAUGACAACAAAUCAAACCUCUACCCUCAAUAACAGAACAAUUAUAUCUGAACCUGAGUUCGAUUGGAACUCAAAAAUUCAAGGCUACAUACUCAGUUCCUUCUUCUAUGGAUACAUCACAACCCAAAUUUUUGGAGGCUGGCUAGCUGCUAAAAUCGGAGGUAAAGAAGUUUUCGGAAUAGGAAUUGCCAUAACGGGCGUUCUAACUCUAAUAACACCAUGGGCCGCCAGAACAAACGUUUAUGUUCUACUAGCCGUACGAAUCAUUGAAGGAGUGUUUGAAGGAGUGACCUAUCCUUGUAUCCACGCCAUGUGGUCCAAAUGGGCACCUCCAUUAGAAAGAACAAAAAUGACAACCAUAGCUUUCUCUGGAAGUUACGUUGGCACAGUGGUUUCGAUGCCAGCUAGUGCUUACCUAGCAACCACUUUAGGCUGGCCUAGUAUUUUUUACGUCUUUGGAGUUGUAUCUCUAAUUUGGUUCGUGUUUUGGUGGGUACUGGUAACAGAAGCGCCAGCAGAUGAUCCUAGAAUUUCUAAAAAUGAACUGGAAUAUAUUGGGGCGUCUUUGGGGUAUCUUCCAGCCAAACAAAAUAUUAAGCACCCUUGGAAAGAAAUUCUGACGUCGUUGCCGGUUUGGGCUAUUAUAGUCUCUCACUUUACGGACACCUGGGCUUUUUACACACUUUUAACCCAGUUGCCUAUAUUUUUGAAAGAUAUGUUUAAAUAUGAUUUAGAAGAAACUGGAUUUCUUACAGCAUUGCCUUAUUUAGCUAUGGCUAUAAUGAUUCAGUUCUUUGGUUUCGUCGCCGACUGGCUCCGAAUUAAAAACUUUUUAACGACGACACAAGUCAGGAAAAUUUUUAACUGUACUGCGUUUGCAUUUCAGGCUGUUUUCAUGCUCAUAAUAGCAUUUUCGAUGUCGUCUUCUGGAACUAUGGUGUGUUUAAUUUUAGGUGCAGGCAUAGGAGUAUCGUCGUGGUCAGGAUUUGGAGUAAAUUUUCUUGAUAUUGCCCCUCAACACGCAAGCGUUAUUAUGGGUUUAAGCAACACUAUCAGUACCUUAGCAGGUAUAAUCAGUCCCAUACUUAGCGGAUACAUUGUAGCCACACCUAGACCUGAGGAAUGGCAGACUAUUUUUUGUAUUGCAAGUGGAAUAUUUGUAUUUGGGAGUGUUGUAUAUGGUGUAUUUGCCUCAGGAGAGGAACAGCCUUGGGCCACAAAAAAAGAAAUAAAAGAAGAAGUACCUCUCACUGUAAUAGCAUCCAAUAGAUAGUACGGUAAAUACUGUUGUGGUCUUAGAAAUGUAGAUAUAGGAUAAGUAUUUCCCUUUUGUAUAUAAUAAAUAUAAAGUAAAUAAAAUGAUAAGUAUCG